AUGUUGACCAGGCCUGAUAGGAGGGCAAGGCCCGUUGUGCGGGAAAAGAGUGGUGAGGACGUUGCUCUGUGGAGGAUAUUUGAUCCAACUUUCACGGGUAAGGUUGAGUUACUUCCGUGCGCGGAAGGUGAAGGUUUUAACCUGGACAUUGUUGACAACUUUCGCAUUCCUAAGCGCGAGGCGCUGAAUGCACCCCUGCUGCAAGGCAAAGGUAUUCUUGGGGCCCUGGGCAAAUUUGAGGCGAAGGGUGCCCCCAAGAAGCAUGCGGAGAAAAAGCAUGCAGAAAAAAUUGUGCGGGGUCGCCAGAAGAAAAAACCUGAGGCUACUGUUGUGCCUUCUUUGGUGCCGCAUGCGGCAGGUGGUGGUGCGGCUGUAGGCAGGACCUCUGCGGGUUCCAAGCCUGCAGAUGAGAAGAAGAAAAGGAAGAUAGAUGAUAAGGCUGCUCGUGCCGGUGAGAAGAAGCGUCCGAGGAUACAGAUCAAACGGACCACUGCGGUUUCUCAGGCGAAGCCUGCGGUUGCGGCUGAACCGCAAGAUGGAGACUUCUCCUCUUUGUUUGAUGCUCCCCUUUCUCCCCCGUAUGACACGGCUGCGGAUACGGGGGUUAAUAAAGAAUUUACCGGCCCUUUCGUCAAGGUGGUAAGUGAGCCCUCUGUGCAGGCAGAGGAUACUAGGAAGAAAACUGUGGCUCAGAUCUAUGACACGGUUGAUUCCUCUGACAAUCUGAUCUCCCCGGAGGAUACUGGUGAUCUGAACCUUAAGUUUGCUGAUGGUGAAAAGCAAAAAUCUGAUGCGGAAAAGCACAAGACUCCUACUGCCGAGAAGGCUUCUGGUUCUGCUUCUGGGGGUACGGGUUUUGAAGGCCCCCCCAUUCAGCCUGAAGAGUCUGAAUUGGAACACUACUUCCGUACCUAUACGGAGGACUGGGCUGUGAACUAUCAUCGCCCCCCUUGGAGUGUUAUGCAAGGGGAUGAUAUUUCAACUGAUCCUUCUGCUUGUAAGGAGAUUUUAGGUGGUCUGGGCACCCCGUUUGAAGUUAAUCGAGCCCGCGCUUUGCGCCGUGAGCUCCGGAUCAACCAACUCUCCUCCAUGCUUGUGGGGAGUUCCAUAAUGGCGAAUGCCAUUAUGGAAGACUACAAGGUGCUGGGCCGCAAGGAGGAGGAAACUGCUCGCUUGCGGGCUGAGGCUGAAGAGUUGGUGAAGGCUGCUCGUGAGGGUGCGGAGCAGCUGAAGAGGGAGAAGGCUGCCUUUGAGCAGUAUACGCAAACUGAAAAGUGGGCUGCAACUGCUGGCCUUAAACAGGAGCUGACCAAUGUCAAGGCAGCAAAUGCUGCUUUGGUUAAGGAGAAGGCCGCGGCUCUUGAAGAGGCCAAGGAGGCGGGGGCCCGGGCUGCAAAGGCUCUUGAAGAGGCCAAGGAGGCGGGGGCCCGUGCUACUAAAGCCCUUGAAGAAGCGAAUUCUGAUCGCAACCACUUAAGCCAGACUGUUGUGGGCCUCCAGGAGAAGGCCGCGGCUGCAAAGGCUCUUGAAGAGGCCAAGGAGGCGGGGGCCCGGGCUGCAAAGGCUCUUGAAGAGGCCAAGGAGGCGGGGGCCCGUGCUACUAAAGCCCUUGAAGAAGCGAAUUCUGAUCGCACCCACUUAAGCCAGACUGUUGUGGGCCUCCAAGCUGAAGUGCAGAAUCGUGUGACCAUGCUUGCGGAGGUCACUGCCCGCGCAACUGAAGCUAAAGCGCGGGCAAGGGAGGCUGCUGAGGCUAGAGAUGGCCUUGUUUCUACAUUCAAUCAGCUCAAAGAUGAUCGCGAUUGGAUGCGUGAUCACGGUAUUGGGCAUAUUGUUAAGGCUAUUCUCGACGCACCUGAGAACGCUGCUGGUGUAGAUCUGAUUAGGAUGCGCGCUCGGGAUGCUGGUUUUAAAGCUGGUUACAACUGA